CAAAGCUACAUUUUCAAGAACCUUAAUUUUGGUCACGACAGUUUGUCAUUCGUAUAGAAACAUUCACAACUUUCAGUGAGAAACGAUCGACAACUCCACUAUAAUGUGGUAUAAGCUGGUCAUAUGAAGAGAUUAAAGAAACUUUGUUUAUCUGAUUUUUGAACUGCCUAUGGUUAGUAGUAUUGGGAAAACCCUCCUCAGGUAGAUUGUUCCACAAUCUCGAUACUCUAGGGACAAACGAGCGGUCUUAUCGACCAGUUCCGGAUGUACGAAGUUCGCCACGGUUAGGAUGGGAGGCGGAAGUCAAGCAGGUCUGUAUUUCAGGCACAUCACGCACAGGCUUCAUGAAGAAGAGGUCUGAGGCGCCAGACCCAUUGGCGUAGCGAUAGGAGAGAGCUAGAUCGUUGGUGGCCGUCAGUGCGGCAGGGUUCCGAGACUGUCCGUUAGAGAACAGUCAUCGGUCAGUCAGACAGCAUCGAGCAUGGAAAAUCUGUGAUGUGUGAUAUAUGGAAAAUAGCUGAGCUCAAACAUCCAGAUUGCAAACAGUUAGGUAUUGGGCGGCACCCAUCUAGUAAACCUGGCACUUACAUCAAAUGCUCGAAAUUUGGGAAUUCUUAUAAAAGUGUUGCGCAUAAAUGCCCACAUAAUGCAAUCUUCGAUGGACAACUGAAAACUUGUGUUAAAAAAGCAGCUAAAAAAGAAGUUCCAGAUUGUGAAAAAUAUGGUACUGGACUUUAUCCUGCCCCUAAGCCUAAUCAGUACUACAAGUGUUUAAAAAAUAAGAAUUUUUAUAAGGCUGUUCUGCAUAACUGCCGAGAAGGCAAAAUCUAUGACAAGGAUGAGAAAAAUUGUGUCAUUGUAAAACCAGUUGACCAUAAAGACCACCACCAUCCAGAAUGCGAAAAGUAUGGCAUAGGACGAUAUCCGGGUGAAACACGAGAUACCUACUACAAAUGUUCAAAAAAUGGUAACAAAUACAUGUCUGCUCGUCAUAAUUGCCCAGCUGGACAGACUUACGACAAAGAUAAGAAAACCUGUGUCGGUCCAGUAUAUCUUCAUAACUGCCGAGAAUCAGGAAUCGGAAAUUAUCGAGCUAAAAAGUGUAACCAAUACUACCAUUGCACAUCGAUCCACCGAAGUCCAAAGCUGAAGACUUGCUUCAGAGGAUUUAUUUUCGACAAAGAAGCUAUGAAGUGCGUCAAAGGAACAUGUGAAGACGGUUAGAGAACAUGUGAAUUGUGGAGCAUUGCAGAUUUAUAGCUGAUUAUCAUGUAGAUGCUAUUGAAGUGAUGUGUUUUCUGUGUUACUUAAUAUUCUGCACCAUUCUUCAGAAAUAAAUUCACAAAUAUGCAUAUGCGGGUGUAGCAAUA